CGGAGGCCCAAAGCCCAAAUCCCAAAUCCCAAAUCCCAAACCCUCUCUCUCCCCGAGCCAAGCGCCGCCGCCGCCGCCGCCGGAGAGCAAGAAGAAUACGAAGGAGCGAGAGCAGCGCGCCGUCGGGUGGAGGCGAUGGCGGGAGGCGGGCUGUUCGGCGGCGCGUUCUGGGCGACGCGGGCGCUGGAGGUGGUGAAGCGGAACGACUCCCCGGGGCUGCUCUGGAAGCGCAUCAAGCUCACCACCACCCGCAAGAACAACGCCAAGAAGCGCCUCAAGCGCCUCUGGCAGAACGAGGCAGUUAUAAGGGCUUGCGCCGAAGCAGAAUCAUCAUCGACAUCAACAUCAGGCACCACAUCCGCUGGUGGGAAACAACAGUAGAUCCCAAAGUCAAUUGAUGACAUGCACAACAGGCUUAAAUGCAAUUGAAAAGGCCAAGUCCAGUGACCUUUGCAUGACAAUGCUGAAAGCCUCUUCCCUUUCCAUGUUUCCAAUCUUGUUACUUCAUCAAUUGGAAGAAGUACAUGCAUGUACACAUCCCAACUUUUUUUUCAUCAGGAGGACAUCAUUGCUUGCUGCCAUAUGCUUCCUCAGACCCCUUCUCCUGCUUACAUCACCAUUUUAGCAUCUUCCUCUCCCCACUGAACCCCACAAACCCUUUUUCUCUUCCUGUUUUUUUGCCCUUAUGUGGUUUGCAUCACCUCCCAGAAACUUUCAUAUUUGUCUGCAUAUGCUUUCAUCCACCAUGCAUCAUGAUUACAUCAGUAAACAUCCACUGUUAUGCAGAUACUCAAAUCUCUUUUCUUACAUGCAAUAAUGAGGAAACUGCAAAUGCACCACCAUUAUAAUGUCGUUGACGUCAGGCAGGCGGUGGCCAUGGCCAAAGCUUGCAAGUUUGGUUAAGGACAUGGGGAGGAAAGAAUCUGUUCCCAUCACGGACAGCUCUUGUCCGUUGUGUGAUCGCUUUGGCCAUGUACUUACUUACAUUACAUGUAUGCUGCUGCUAGUCCCAUGUGCCAGCAUCUGCAUUAACAAUUUUUAGCAUAUUGUGUUUGAGUUGGUAUGAGCAAGCACGCAACAAAAUAUCUUGGAGCAGCUUGCAAGUGUGACCUUUUCACCUGGGGUUGGGGUUGGGCGGCAGCAGAUAAAACAGAGGCUUGCAAGCAUGUGUUAUUGAUGGAUUGUUGUAGUAGUAGAGUAGUAGUAGCUUGGUUUUUUUUUUCUAACUUUCUUCGCCCUAACAAGAGUAUCUUAAUGCCUGGAGUGGGGGAUGAUUGU